CUUGUGAAACAUUCGGUUUGUGCCUUGUAGUAAUAAUCUCUUCUGUAAUAGAACUCCAGAAGGCGGCAAUACCCAGAAUUUCUUGUUUAGUGGGAAGUAAGAUGGCAACUUCAGAAGUUGAGGCUCAGGACAAAUAUCGUUCCUACUUACAUGGAGAAGGAGAGAAGAACACAAAAUGGAGGUUUGGAGCCCCUCCUAACUAUGAUCUUGUUGACAGACUUUUUGAAGAAGGCAGAACUAAGAUAUGGCCUCCUGGAUCACUUGAAGAAAAAGUGCAGAACCUAGUUAAGACAUGGGAAAUGGAGAUGUUCCACAAAACAUGCUCUGAUGACUAUAAAUCACUUGAUCCGAAUAAGUAUACUUUCAGCCUUAAUGGAAGGAAAGCUGUAACGUUGGAAGAAAAGCGCAAGAUUGGGGGAGGCUACAAUUUCUUGCUACAAACCUCUUUGCCAGAGAAGCUCCGUGGCUACAACCCAGCAGAAGAAACAAUUGAUUCAGCUCAUAGGGCUUUCGUUACAGCUUUCCCGCGUGGGUUUGCUCUGGAGGUUCUGAGAGUUUAUUCAGGGCCACCAGUGAUUGUUUACAAGUUCAGGCAUUGGGGUUUUAUGGAGGGGGCUUUCAAAGGCCAUGAACCAACAGGAGAAAUGGUUGAACUCUUUGGGAUGGCCGUUUUUGAGUUGGACGAACAGGAGAUAAUUGUGAAGGUCGAGUUCUUCUUUGACCGUGGAGAACUGCUAGGAGGUCUCAUGCAAGGUGCUAGCUUGGAUGGUUCCUCCGUAGAGGAGGCUGCAACCUGCCCUUUCCUGAGGAACACAGGGUAGCUACCCAAAUACCUGUGUAACAAUGUAAUCAAAGGCCCUUUUGCAACCCUAUAGCAUUACGAAUAAUCUUUGGCACUUAGGCAUCACCCUGGUUUAAGAAUAAUCAGAUGCAAAUUUCCCAUCA